AUGGGCCGAGCCACCAGAAACAGCACGGCGGCCGCCAAAGCUUCGCCGUCUGUGGAAAAGCUGCCCGAGGAGGCCUCGCAAGCUGGCGGUGAAACAAAAUCCGGGAUUCCAUUGGGCAAAUUGAAGCAGAAGCUCGAGGCCGAGGCGAACAAGGCCGAGAAUCCGACGGCUGUCCCCUCAGAAGAAUCGGUGGUCGACAAAGCCCCGGGGAAUUCGAUGGUUGUCAUUUUGACGCAAGGGCUCAUGGCCAAUGAUAGGGAAAAAUUGGAUGCAGUGCUGUUGAAAACAGAUCUCUCGAUUAUACAGUCCACGUUGGCCGAGCUUCCGAUCAAUCACGUCGUCCCAUUGUUGAAGGUGAUUGAAGAUAACCUGCGAUUGCGUCGUGGAAUAGACAUCCGACCGCUGCUCCGCUGGGCGCAAACGAUUCUCUCAAUGCAUAUGGGAUAUCUCUCUUCAAUUCGUUCCUUGGAAACGGAGAUUGGCGGGCUCUACGACUGGAUGAAGACGCGAUCCAACAGCGCCGCAAAACUUUUGGCCCUGCAUGGAAAAAUGUGCGUCCUCGGCGAGCACAUCCAAAAGCGCACCAACAGCAAGCUUGAGCCACUUGCGCGGCCAAUCGUCAUCUUCAGAACUGACAACAUUGACACCUCGGACGAGGAGGAUGCUUCGGCUGCCGAGAAUUCAGAUGGCCACAGCAGCGGUGAAGAGGAAUGGUGGAACGACGAGGAAAAGGAUGAUGAUGACGCAGAUAUGCAAGAGGAAAGCGGAAGCGGAGAGGAAAGUGACGACUCGGACAAAGGAGAAAUUCGGAAGAAGAACCUGGCCAAGCAGCGACCGGAUACUGGCGACGGACCUGGCGCUGCGAAUGACGACGACGACGAAGAGGAUGACGAGGAUGAAGAUGAAGAGAUGGAAGAAGAC